CCUGAGUAAAGCUAACCCGUAGUAGGGCUAAGCUAUAUUUUCAUCUCGCACCCGGUUAGCGAUCUCUUUGGGAGGCGGUACGCAGCUAUGGCGGGUAUAUUAACCGUCGCCGUCGGUAAUGCUUUCGAAUCCGGAGCAUCUGGUUCGGGUGCGUACGCUAUGAUGAUAGUCGGCCGAAUUAUAUCUGGUAUUGGAGUGGGCAUGCUGUCAACUUCAGUACCCCUAUAUCAAAGCGAGGUUGCCCCGGCGGGAAAACGAGGAAAAUACGUCGUCCUGAAUCAUGUUGGUUUUGUUGCCGGCCUAGCAGCGGGUUUCUGGAUUGGAUACGGAGUAACAUUUUGGAACACGACUGAGUAUGACAUAUACGUAUCAUGGCGGGUUUCCCUUGCCGUUAUACAGGUCCCCUGUGUCAUUUUUGCAGUCGGGCUCCCUUUCAUCCCCGAGACCCCCCGUUGGCUUAUUGAGCACGGUCACUAUAACAAGGCUCAGAGGUCGCUGCACUGGUUACGGGAAGGUAGUUUUACGGAGGUCGAGAUAGACUCCGAGUUGACGCGCAUCCGAGAAGACGUGGAAGCGCACCGAGCGACCGGAGAAGCUAACUGGUUGUCCUUGUUUCGAGAUCGGAGCCUGUUCGAGCGGCUAUGGCGCGCGUCGUUGCUUCAGUUCAUGGCACAGAUGUGUGGCGCUACCGCUAUGAAGUAUUAUUUGCCGACACUCUUCGCCAAGCUCGGCCUUCCUACGCGCGUUACGCUGCUGGCUGGAGGCAUCGAAUCGACCCUUAAGAUUGGCAUGACAGUUAUCGAGAUGCUUCUCAUCGACCGCCUCGGCCGAAGAGUAACAUUGACGGCAGGAUGUGUCGCAAUGAGUUUUGGCAUGUUGGUAAGUUGGUACAAUCUGCUACAACUCUUAUUGUCCCUUGAAUAGACAGACCAUUGACUAACAGUUAUUAAUUCAAGAUCAACGGAGCGUUAGGCCAAGUAUAUCCGAAUAACACCAAUAGAGCCGCUGAUGUAGUCUGUAUCGUCUUCAUUUUCAUCUAUGCUUUGGGCUACAGCAUGGGUUUCGGCCCGGCAGCUUGGGUAUACGGCUCCGAGAUAUUCCCUACCUCUUUUCGUGCUCGUGGACUUAAUUUCUCUGCGUCGGCCGGAGCUAUCGGCUCUAUCGUCGUGGCUCAAGUUUGGCCUGUCGGUAUCGAUACAAUCGGCUCCAAGAUCUAUUUCUUCUUCAUGGCAGUCAAUGUCGUCUGCAUUCCAAUCAUCAUCCUCUUCUACCCUGAGACGAAGGGUCGACCGUUAGAGGAUAUGGACUUGCUAUUUAACAAAGCUAUCGGAGGAAUUGGCGAGGAGGCUGACGAGGAGGUCGACGAACAGUCCGAGCCUGUGCUACCUAAGAAUAUCAGCCGUCCAUCGCAGGGCUAAUAUCUCGGAGGAUAGAGAUCAAUUAAUCGAUAAUUUCGGAUAGAUCUAAU